UAAAAUUUUAAUUGUAGCCAAAAAAAGACAAGAGAGACACAAAACUGAAAGUAUUUGUUUGGAUUAUAGGUGCUAUAAUCUCUGUCAUCCCAUAAUUACGCCUCUCUCUCUCCUCAAACUUCUCCAUGCACGCAUUCUUCUCUCUCUCUCUAAAACAACCACACCCCCAAAACAAAUCUUUCUCGAUCAAACCUUCUUCCUCCUCUGGGCGCCGGCCAGCCAACCUGCACCGCCGUCUCCCUUCUUCUCUCUCUCUCUCUCUCCCCUCCUCCACCCUAGUCGUCCCACACCGACAUUCCUUCCAAUAAUGGGUAGCUGCUGCUCCCGGGGCACAACCGAAGACGCUCCGGCGGACCCAACCGCCACCGCCACUUCCACCGACGGCGCCGACGGAGCAGCAACAACGGCAAACCCCUCCACCACCCCACCAAGAACGCCGCCGCAGUCCUCCCCGAAGCCGUCGUCGAAGUCGACCCCCGUGGGCCCGGUCCUUGGCCGCCCCAUGGAGGACGUACGCUCCACGUACACGAUGGGAAAAGAGCUGGGCCGCGGGCAGUUCGGCGUGACCCACCUCUGCACACACAAGCAAUCGGGGGAGCAGUUCGCGUGCAAGACAAUCGCGAAGAGGAAGCUGGCGAACAAGGAGGAUAUCGAGGACGUGCGGCGGGAGGUGCAGAUAAUGCACCACCUGACGGGGCAGCCGAACAUCGUGGAGCUGAAGGGCGCGUACGAGGACAAGCACUCCGUCCACCUCGUCAUGGAGCUUUGCGCCGGCGGGGAGCUCUUCGACCGCAUUAUUGCCAAGGGGCACUACACCGAACGCGCCGCCGCGUCGCUGCUGAGGACGAUCGUACAGAUCGUGCACACGUGUCACUCGAUGGGGGUCAUCCACCGUGAUCUCAAGCCGGAGAACUUCUUGCUCCUCAACAAGGACGAGAACUCCCCUCUCCAGGCCACCGAUUUCGGCCUCUCCGUUUUCUUCAAAGAAGGGGAAGUAUUCAAAGACAUAGUGGGGAGUGCAUAUUACAUAGCACCAGAGGUGUUGAAGAGAAGAUAUGGUCCUGAAGUUGAUAUCUGGAGUGUUGGAGUUAUGCUCUACAUCCUUCUUUCCGGUGUUCCUCCUUUUUGGGCUGAAUCCGAAAACGGAAUCUUCAACGCGAUCCUACGUGGCCACGUUGAUUUUAGUUCCGAUCCGUGGCCUUCGAUUUCCAACGGAGCCAAGGAUCUCGUGAGGAAGAUGUUGAAUUCGGAUCCUAAGCAAAGACUCUCAGCUUUUCAAGUUCUAAAUCAUCCGUGGAUAAAGGAAGAUGGAGAAGCGCCCGAUACUCCACUUGACAAUGCAGUUCUGAAUAGGCUCAAGCAAUUUAGAGCUAUGAAUCAAUUCAAGAAAGUUGCACUCAGGGUAAUAGCCGGUUGCUUAUCGGAGGAAGAAAUAAUGGGAUUGAAAGAAAUGUUUAAAGGAAUGGAUACAGAUAACAGUGGAACAAUAACUCUAGAAGAGCUAAAGCAAGGUUUGGCCAAACAAGGUACAAAGCUGUCCGAAUACGAAGUCAAGCAGUUGAUGGAAGCUGCUGAUGCCGAUGGGAAUGGAACGAUAGACUACGAAGAGUUCAUUACAGCAACGAUGCAUAUGAACAGAAUGGAUAGAGAAGAGCAUCUAUACACAGCAUUCCAGUACUUUGAUAAAGAUAAUAGCGGGUAUAUUACCAUAGAAGAACUAGAGCAGGCACUCCGAGAGAUGGGCAUGGAGGAUGGCAAGGACAUAAGGGAAAUCAUCUCUGAAGUCGACGGUGAUAAUGAUGGAAGGAUAAACUACGAUGAAUUUGCAGCAAUGAUGAAGAAAGGGAAUCCAGAUUCAGCGGCAAAUCCAAAAAAACGAAGAGAAGGAGUGUUCGUUUCGUAGUCAAGAAGAAAUUAAAAUGUCCGAUAUCUAAUUAAAAAAAUUCAUUGGAGGGAAAAGAUAUCCAAUAGUGGAUGCAGUUACAUCUGAUUGAUUUUAAAGGGGUUCAUUAGUUUGCUCAGAUUACUGCAUGCAUGCAUGCAUGCCUGCCUCUCAGUUCUAACAUGUAAAACACGAAAAGUAGAAAACGAAAAAGAAAAAGAAAAAAAUGGCGGGAGGGCCUUCAUAUGUUUAUGAAUGUAACAAUUAGUUAACAUUAGAUAGCUACAUUUUAUGUUGUUGUAUAUGAAUCAAUUUUCAUAGAGAAAAACCAAUUUUUUUUUU